ACAGCAGCAGCAUUUGCUGCUAGUCUGUUAGCAACAUACAUGUGGAGGGAACAGCACCGAGAGUUGCUCGUAGCCCAAAGUUAGCACAAUUUUCUCUUUUCUUUUGUAUUGGGGCAACAUUACGACGACCUCGGUGAUUUUUAAACCACAAAUAAGUUGAGAUAAAGAUGAAAGGUAGCCGGAUCGAGCUGGGGGACGUCACCCCCCACAACAUUAAACAGCUGAAGCGUCUCAACCAAGUCAUCUUCCCCGUCAGUUACAACGACAAGUUCUACAAAGAUGUGCUGGAAGUAGGAGAGCUCGCUAAGCUAGCAUAUUUCAACGACAUCGCCGUGGGAGCCGUGUGCUGUCGAGUGGAUCACUCCCAGAACCAGAAGAGAUUGUACAUCAUGACACUUGGCUGCCUCGCACCCUACCGCAGACUGGGCAUAGGAACAAAGAUGCUGAACCACGUGUUGAACAUCUGUGAGAAGGAUGGCACGUUUGACAACAUUUACCUUCACGUGCAGAUCAGCAAUGAGUCUGCAAUUGACUUCUACCAGAAGUUCGGUUUUGAGAUCAUCGAAACGAAAAAGAACUAUUACAAGAGGAUAGAGCCGGCAGAUGCCCACGUUCUCCAGAAGAGCCUGCGGAGCCCGUGUGAGCCCCCGGCAGGAGACCUGCAGAAGGCUGAGUAGGAGCUGGAGCACGCUGGGAGAGAUGGAUCUCGGGCCGUAUUCACCAAGUGGAACUGUGACCGAUGCCCCAGGGCCUGUAGAUACACCACUUUUUUCGGAGGGCAGUUUAAAGAGAAAAACGAGUCCAUGACAAAUUGCUGAAUUUUUAUUUUUCAAAAAAACAAAACAAAAAAACAAAACUCAGUCCCCAUCAGUUUGCAUUUUCUUUGCAUUUUUUUUUUCUUUCCUCAUUUAGAGAGUUGAAAUUAGACACGAGGGUUUUUUUUUCCUUCUUCUUCAGGCAGAAUACAUAAGUGCUCCAAAAAGCUGCUUACUUGUUCCAGAGUAGACACGGUGAAGGUUAACUAUGUAAGCAUAUCGUUUGCAUUUUGUUUUAAAUCGUUAAUGGCAAAGGGGACACGACGUUGUUGUUUGAACAAGGCGAUAGACCUUUUAAAAAUAGGACUGUUGUGUUUUUUUUUUUUUUUUUUUUUUUUGGCGAGAGGUGGUCCUGCCUGGCAGCAUUGGACGCCACACUUACAGAUCGCCUCGGUGACCUCCGGACCUCGCAUCACCUCGCCACCUGAGCCCAGGGACGCAGAUGUGUUCGAUUUUACAGGCAGAAUGCAGGGGAGGAGUAUUGCACGUGAUGUGGUGUGUCUUUGCUGUGCGAGUCUCUCCGAUCUGCCUCGCACGGGAUCAUCUCGCCCCCUCGAGCCGGCGCGAACAUGGUCAAACGGUUUGAGAGUGAGAGAUCGGGUGUGGGAGUGUAGGAGUAAACUCCACUCCCGUUUCUGAAUGUCUUUGCUUCUCUGCCCAUUAUUUAAAGUCCCCUCAAUUUUGUUUGUUUGUUUGUUUUGCAUAAUUGCUGGUUGGUUCAUGGCUUUUCCUGGGGUGCUGUUGGUGCUUCAGAUUGGAGAAAAGACUGUAAGUGCCAGUUAUGGAGAGGAGGUGUGCUGUUGGUACAGUUACCCCAGAAUAUGAGACACUUUUAACGUAGCACGUGCCUUUUUCUACACACUCACAUUCCACGUGCAAGAAAUUGAUUUUAACUUAUUUUGAGAUCCUUUUUUCCCCCAAGAACAAACUGAUUUCAGAUUGUGGGAAAACGACUACGACAGCGUGAAGUACACUUAUUUGUUGAUUUAACAAACCGCAUUGAUGUGAAGUCACAGAGAAUGUAAGCAUUUACAUGGUUAAUUCAGUAGUCCAUGUGAUUGUUAAAGUAUUGGGAUUCUGCAAAAGAAAACCGCAAGAGUUCUCAUUUCUUCUUGGAUUUUUCCUCCAUGUGACAACACACAAAUUACAUUUCAUGAUAUUUGUAAGUGUUGAUUGAUUGAUUAUUUUCAGCAGUCUCCUCUUCGGCACACUGGCAGCUAUAAACCUACCCACAACAUGUUGCUAUCAUUUCAGUGAUGUUCACUGACCAAAAAAAACCAUCUGUUUUUUAAUGCACUGUGGGAUUGGCGUGGUUCGGUUAUAGAGGUUCCUUAUGCUGAACUUGGAUUUGCAGGCCAGACCCCAGGGGAAGCCUUGACACUGCAUGCCAAGAGGGAUGUGCCCUUUCCAUUGUAGUACAAGCAUGUUUUCUUUCUUUCUUUGGAAAAUUUUUGUCUUUUCUGGAGCUCUAUAUUGUAAAACUUUUAAAAACCUCUAAAUAAAAUACUAUUUGCAUUA